GGAGCCUGGUUGACAGCGGCGAGGAAAACAACCGCCAUAAAAAUGGCCGGAUCGGGGGGAAAUAACCGGAGGGUGUGCGCUUUGGAGUUUGUCCCGACAGCUUAAGAAAAAGGACGCGGAUCGGCUGCCGGGGAGUUUCAACAUGCUGGAGAGCGGCUCCGCUCCGCUGGGACGCAGCCAGAAGGCCGUGGAUGCUGGGAAACUGCAGGAACGCAGAAGGUGGUAUCGCUUCUCACGCCGCCAGUUCCUCUUCCUCAUCCUGGUGUUGACCGUGCUUUACUUCCUCUACAACACCAACAUUAAGGAAUCGGCGGGGUGGUUCUCAUCUAAUAGUCAGAGACAAAGCGCCGUCUCCACCAACACCAGUGGUUCCGGCGCCGGAGGGCCUGGAUCUGAACACGGCGGGUUUGCGACAGCGUUUAGCCUGGCCGCCAGUCCUCCAAAUAGGACGUCGCCAGUGGCGACGGACGCGGCGACUCAGCGGACGACUCCAAGUGAAGCCGAGAAGGCGACGGCACCUCCGUACAGGUCUCCGAGCCCCUACCUGGUGGAAUACCCCUCCGAGUAUCACUUCGUCGUCAAUGAGCCGGAGGCGUGUGAGCGGCAAAAGGCUUUCCUGGUUCUGGUGGUUCCCGUGGCGCCCGGGAAUCGGGCCCACCGCGACAUCAUCCGCAACACCUGGGGCGGCGAGGGCGCGGCGUCUGGCCGGGCCGUGGCGCUGUUGUUCCUGACGGGGCUUCCCGGCGGGGAAGGGGCGGCGCAGGUCCAGGAGCAGCUCCUGCUGGAGAGCCGCCAGUACCACGACCUGAUCCAAAGCGACUUCCUGGACUGCUACAAGAACCUCACCAUCAAGACCAUGGUGAUGAUGGAGUGGCUGGACUCGCACUGCUCCGGCGCCUCGUACGCCAUGAAGAUCGACUCUGACAUGUUUCUGAACGUGCCAAAGCUCGUGGAGAUGUUGCUGGACGCCCCGAAGACGAACUACAUGACGGGCCUCGUGGAGCGGGGAGGCGCGGUCCUGAGGGACCGGACCUCCAAGUGGUUCCUCCCCGAGGAGAUUUACCCUUGGAAUUAUUACCCUGGUUACGCUUUGGGCCUGGGCUACGUUUUGUCCCUUGACCUCCCCAAGAAGCUGGUGGAGGCCUCCAGACACGUUGAUGCCGUGUACAUCGAGGACGUGUUUUUGGGGUUGUGCAUGAAGCACUUGGGGAUCCAAGUCACCGACCCCCCGAGCCAGAACUACUUCCACGUGUUUCCUCGGGAGUACAGUCGCUGUGCUUAUUCGCAGCUGAUCGCCACCACGACGAAUUCGGACGUUGACCGUGUGAGCAUUUGGAAAGACUUCAAAAGACCGGGUCCGUACUGCUGACCGCGGAAAUAACGUAGAGAAGCACAACACGUAUUACUGAUCUAUAUAUAAAUCUACUUCUAUUGAAUAGUUCAUUCGAUUUCUUUGCUGUUUCUGUCAAUAAUAACUAUUUUAACGGAGACGUGUUUCUCUAAAUAUAGCUUUCAUCUGAACGAUGACAGACCUCUACGCUUUAACAAGGUAUCCUAAAAUGUGACACAAUGUCUCAAAAUAAUGAGUAAAAAUACUUAGAUACUUUCUCGAUACCUUUGGCACACAGCUUGUAUUGAACGGCGUGGCGGAGUCCUCUCACACCUGAAACACCACCUCCCCAGCAGACUAUUAAAUGACCCAACAGAACAGAGUGCAGCUAACAAAGGAUGAGGAACCCGUUAUCGCUUUGUCUAAUAUGGUGUUCAAUCCCCGGGUGUCACGGUCAUAAUGCUUUUGCCGCCGCUCGUCAGCCAGUCAUUCUCUAUUGAACAGUGCGGACUCAAGGAAUCAUUUCAUCAACACUGUGGGGACGAAGGAGAAAUCUGAGCAGACGUCUGUAGUUGAGCUGAAGGUCAAUCUGAAAGACAGAAACGUUUCCUUCUACAAGAGUGCAGAGCAGAAAAACUCUGCUCUCAAAUCGAACGAACAAGCCCUUGAAUAAAGAAAAGCUCCGUGUUCACUGCAGAUAAAAGGGUUGAGAAGCGUGAGCGACGCCCUCCUCUCGCCCUGCAGGGUUAAUCAAUGCAAAGCCAAGUGGAAAUCUCAAAGAGAAAAGGCCUUGAAAGGUCGUGAGGAAUAAUCCCACCUGAUAAAUGGCCGGGGUGGGUGGGGAAAACCUCCAUCUUCUCAUGCGUGGAUGGCGCCCACUGACGCCCCCGUGUUUGCACCUUCUACAAACGCUGGACUCACAACAGGAGAGCGCAUCCAUGCGGGCAGGCGUUCCUUUUCCUUUAUAUCAUGGGUCGUGCCCCCCCCCCCCAUAUACAGCAUGAACCGUUUGUUAAGGGAAACGCGCCGGGACCCUUGAGUGCCCGCUCGCUCCGUAAUGUCCGGCCCCCCGUCGGCCCGUAGCGUCCAGCGGACCCCACGCAAUGUCUAAACCGUGGUCACACCCUCGGGCGGAGGCGUGUUGAGACGCGCCCCGACGCCGGAGGAAGGAGUUCUUCAGUCUGCUGCCGGUGUGCAGCAACAACACAUUUACACGUCUGAAUGUGAGCGGACGCAUGAGUCUCAGAUACUAGUUUUUUUUUAGUGCAAUGAUCCGUUUCAAGCUAUUUUUCUCUCAUGAAACGUUUCAGACUGCAGUGAAAGGGAAGCAUCAAAAUACAUGUUCAGGGGUUUGUUGAUUGCAUCUGUGGACUUCUCCUCAAUUCACUGGAAAUAACCAUGAAAUAAGGACUUAUUUGCAUGUUCAAACAUAUCACAUGUUCAUUUCUACUCUUUAAUGCAAUAAAUGCUGCUCUUAAUGUAGUGGUGAGGUUUCAUGUUGUUACUCUUUAAUUCAAUAAAUACUUAUCAACCGUC